GAACAUCAGUGAGAUCGAUCUGUUAAUUGACUAGUUUAGGUAGUGCAAUAGGAAUUAACUACGACGUUAUAGAGUUGGCAUACGUACUAAAUUUAUAAAAAUGUAUUGAUUCGCCACAAAUAUGACUCAAUCAAAAGACGGUUUUUACGGAGUGUAUUUACUGGUGAGCGAGAACCCUCGUUUCUCUGGUCGUACGUACAUCGGCUUCACCGUCGACCCUCACCGGCGUCUGCGGCAGCACAACCGCGGCUCACAUGCGGGCGGGGCGUGGAGAACAAGCCAUAAAGGACCGUGGUCCAUGGUCUUAGUGACACAUGGGUUCCCCAACGAAGUCUCGGCUCUGAGAGUAGAGUGGGCCUGGCAGCACCCAGAAGCCAGUCGUCGGCUGCGUGGCGUGCCGCGCAAGAAAGCCUCGGAGUCGCGACUGGCGUACAGCGUACGGCUGCUGGGCUGCCUCCUUCAGACGCCUCCGUGGUGCGCGCUGCCUCUCACUGUCACGUGGCUAGAGCAGCGCUACUACAUCCCCUUCACUCAAGACCUGCAUCCGCCUCCCCACAUGGUGGUCAGAACGUGCGACAUCAGCGAACUGAAGAAGUCGAAGCGCCUGCCUGCUGAUGAAGGCGCUGACGGAGGUCCUGCCAUUUGUGGGCUGUGCAACGACUCAAUGGACGUUUUAGAUAGAAUAAGAUGUACCCACGAUGAUUGUUAUCUGGUUAGUCACCCAUUGUGUCUGGGACGUCUCUUGCUAUUGCAAGAAACCGUUCGUCGUCACCCUACCCAGUCUCUCCCGACUUGGAUCCAACUUAACACGGAAGAUAGCCGCCACGCUCUGACAUCGUCCCAACGCGGAUCAAAAAAUUUAUCCACUGGAAGUCAGCUCAAGAAAUCUUCACAACCGACCACCUCACUGGAUGUCAGUGUCGUGGCUCCCCUGAUCCCAGUGGACGGGACAUGUCCAAGAUGUAAAGGGUACAUCCUAUGGGGGGAAUUGGUCCGUCCCCUGAGCGUGGCGUGUGCGAGCAGCAGAGGGGGUGACCGUGGUAAAGGUGUGUGGGUUGCCCAUGAAGAAGAAAACGAAGAACGUGAGUCUGACUUGACCGACGAUGAUGAAGAUGAAGAUCAUUGGACUAACCUACUUACACAAAAAUGAAGACAGAUUUACCUCUAACGAAAAGUAAAUUGAUGGCAGACAAUGCCAUAUUUUAAUAUUAUAAAAUAAAACUUUUUGCACUGGC